AUGGCGUCGCUCAAGCUGCCCAACUCGAAGGACGAUGCGGUGGUCAAGGCGCGCCUGGACAAGCUGCGACGCACCAAGUCCAACGCCAGCACCACACCGGGCGUGCUCUACAUCGGCCGCCUGCCCAAGGGAUUCUUCGAGAAGCAGAUCAAGGCGUACUUUACGCAGUUCGGCGACGUGACGCGCGUGCGCGUCUCGCGCAACAAGAAGACGGGCGCCUCCAAGCACUACGCCUUUGUCGAGUUUGCCGACCGCGACGUGGGCCAGAUCGUGCAGGAGACCAUGCACAACUACCUCAUCGACGGCAGGCUCCUCCAGGUCAAGAGCGUGCCCAAGGACAAGGUGCAUCCCGAGCUCUGGGUCGGUGCCAACCGAAAGUUCAAGCGCGUCCCCACAGAUAGGAUCGAACGCGUGGUGAGGUCGCGCGAAAAGACCGACGAGCAACACAGGAGGACCUCGGAGAGGGUGUUGGCAAGACAGGAGCAGCGAAGAACAAAGCUCAAGGACAUGGGGAUCGACUACGACUUCCCAGGCUAUGCCGACGACAAGCCGCAACCCAAGCGCAAGUCCAAGGCCACAGCUUGA